AGAACUGGAAGAACUAGAACCGGAGGUUUGCUGGUAGUUGUAGCACGUGUGUGUUUUACGAAGGAACAACAGUUGUUUAGAAUUAAGUAUUAAAAUUUCUGACUGUAUUUCACUGUUAUAAACAUGACCAAGAUCAAGAAAGAAAAAGGUGCUACUGAGGAAGAAAGCGGAGUGACGGAGAAAUCCUACCAGGAGCUACUGGCUAACAUUAACCCAAUCGCUAACCCUCUGGCCUCGCGCAAGUUGAGCAAGAAGCUGUACAAGUGCGUCAAAAAAGCUGCCAAGCACAAACAGAUUCGCAGAGGAGUCAAAGAAGUACAAAAGUUCAUUAACAAAGGAGAAAAAGGAAUUGUGGUACUUGCCGGAGAUACAUUUCCCAUCGAUGUGUAUUGUCACUUACCAGUCAUGUGCGAGGACAGAAGUCUGCCCUACGCUUACAUUCCAUCCAAAGUGGACUUAGGAUCCUCAGCUGGUUCAAAAAGGCCCACUUGUGUGAUCAUGAUCAAACCACAUGAAGAGUACAAGGAGACUUACGAUGAGUGUCUGGAAGAAGUUUCUGCCCUGCCCAAGCCUUUAUGAGUGUUUUCAGCACUGCUGUGCAUGUAGUGCGUAAACAUGUACACUGUAUGUGACUUAGAAAUGAAGUCAUAAUUGAGCUGUUAGGUUCUACCACCUAAUUCACUUCCUCAGUGAUUCAUGGACUUUUGAAGGAAGUUAAUUCAAACAGAAGCAUCACAAAUUCUGAUAGGAAUCGCAGACAUAAUGGGCAAAUAAUUAGUUGUUUUUGGUGGAAAUAUGGGCUGCAUUUUUGUCUAGCCUGGGUCCUGUGUCUUGUAAUUUUCAUUUAUAUCACAUUUUUCAGCAUAUGUUUUGUAUUAUUGUUUUAGUUGGAAAAUUGUAAUAUUUUCAUGACAUGACUUGAUUAAACUUACGCCAUGGUUAUGCAACAAAAGUGUUGCACGUUAGGGCCAACCUAAUAUCAAUACAUCUAACAUGGUUCUCGACAAGUCGGCUGUCAACUCUCAGAAGCUCAAUGUAACAACAUAGAUGCAUUGAUGUGCAAAAAGCCUUAUUUGUAAAAGUCUCAAGGAAAAGCUAUUAAACUUCGUAUUACCAUGGA